AUGGAGUGGCUCGAAAUCGCCAAGGACCUCAACGCCGGCACGGUCGGCGGUGUCGCCGGCAUCGUCGCGGGCCAUCCGCUCGAUACGAUCAAGGUGCGCCUCCAGACGCAGUGCCACACGUCGUCGCACGGCAUCUCGUCGUCGAUUCGCGCGAUCGCCGCGUCCGAGGGCUUCCGCGGCUUUUACAAGGGCAUGCUGUCGCCGAUUCUGUCGAACGCACCGAUCAACGCCGUCGUCUUCGCCGUGUACGGCCAA